AUGGAAGACAUAAAACGCUUGCUCAAGGCUAUUCAAAACGAUAUCAACGAGACGAAAGACAGUGUUAAAAAUAGUGAAACAACUCUACUGAAGAAAAUAGAUGAAAAAUUUGAUCACGUACAAGAACAGUUACAAGCACUGGAAAUAACAGUCCAAACACAGGAACGCCGACUAGACUUUCUCGAAAAACAAAUAAGAACCAGAAAUAUCAUAAUUUUUGGCGUAGAAGAAAAAGAACGCAGCUACCAAGACCUUUUAAAAAUAAUACUGGAAAUAUUUAAUUUGAACAUGAAAGUAAAUUGCACAGCUUCAGAAAUUGAAUUCAUGGGCAGAAAGGGUAAAAAAAGUAGUAAAACUAGACCAGUUAUGAUAACACUAACCACACUCGGUAAGAAAAUUGAAAUUUUAAAAAAUAAAAAGUUGCUAGAGAAGACUAACUAUUAUAUCAAAGAAGAUUAUCCACCUAAAGUUCUAGAAAUAAGAAAGGAAUUACAAGAAAAAGUAAAAGUAGAAAAAGAAAAAGGAAACAUAGCAUAUAUCAAAUACGACAAACUUAUUAUCCUCCCACAGAAAGAAAACCGCGAACAAGGAAAAUCUCGCAACAAACGCAACUUAUCUAUAACACCCCCCGAUAAGCAAAACAAACAUACUAAAAAAACGAGUGAAGGUAAUCCAACACAUUUACAGAAAAAGAACACCCUAUCAUCAUAUUGGACUCCUAAGCAAACACCGAAGUCUACGCGUGAUGAAGCUUUCUUCUCUCCAGAGCCAAGUGCAAGCCUUCAUAUGAUAGAGAAAGAUGAAUAG